GGCCCCGCCCACAGGCCCACCCCCAUCGGAGAUUGCCGAGAAGUCUCUGCUGCUAAAAUGGCGAAACAGCAAGUUCAGAGUUUAACCGACGAGGUAACUUGUCGGAUCUGCGACAAUUUCUUCACCGACCCGAUAAUACUGGAGUGUGGGCACAACUUCUGUCGCCGCUGUAUCACCUGGCGUUGGGAAACCGAGGAGAGAAACUCGUGCCCGCAAUGCCAUAGGGUGUUUGCAGACCGCACCCUCAGAGUAAAUCCGGCGUUGGGAAGCCUGGCUCAAAAGGCUCAAGGAUUAAAUCUGAUUCUGAAAGAGAAAGACAAAAAGUUUUACUGUGAGGAACAUCAUGAAGAGCUGAAACUGUUUUGUGAAACUGACAAGAAGCUGAUCUGUGUGAUUUGUGCAUCUGCCCAAGAGCACAAGGCACAUAAUUAUUUGCCAAUUAAAGAAGCCGCGGAAAACUACAAGAAUCGUGUUACACUUUUCUUGGAAUCGCUCGCAAACAGGAAAUCAGAUAUCCAGCGAAUGGCGGAACAACAGAAGGAGAAGAUUUCCGGAGUUCUGGUACAAUCGCAGAGCAUGCAGGCCCACGUUAGAUCGUUGUUUGCUGAUCUGCGCCAAAUGCUCACCGAGCGGGAGCAGCGCCUACUCAGUGAGCUCAGAGCAGACGAGCAGAGAAUUCUGGAUCCAAUGGAGAAAAAUCUCCGAGAUAUUGAAGAGAGUUUAUCUUCUCUCCAGCAGCGACUUUCAAUGUUACAGGAAAGAAUAAAUCAACAAGAUAACACGACAUUUCUGAAGGAGGAAUUUUCUCGGAAGAGAAGGUACAGCGAGGAAGAACGAGUACUUACAGUUCUGGAUGGUACCUUACCAGUUAAAACAUUCGGUCUAGCAAGUUUGAUCAAUGCAAUGUUGAGUGAAGCUUUUCAUUUCAUCCGACAAGUUGCUGUCACCCUGGACGUGGAAACGGCAAAUCCGCGGCUUGAGGUGUCUGACGAUCGGAAAAGUGUGAAAUACACCCCGUCUCCAAGAAGCCUCCAUUAUUCUGUGAAGAGAUUUGCAGACCAGGCAUGUGUGCUGGGAUUGGUGGGAUUCACAUCGGGAAGGCAUUAUUGGGAAGUGGAAGUAGCGGCUAAUCGGCGCUGGACUCUGGGUGUUGCUGCAGAGUCUGUUUCGAGGAAGGGGUUAGGGAGACUUAGACCAGAGAAUGGGGUCUGGAGCAUCGCGCGUAAAAAUCACAAGGUUCAUAUAAACAAUACCGUUCCAAUCCCUCUCCUUGCCGAACCUUUCCUCAGGAAGGUGGGAGUUUAUCUCAGUUACGAGACGGGUACAGUUUCCUUUUACAGCGUGGACACAAAGUCCCAUCUCCACACCUUUACUGGGAUUAAAUUCUCCGGGAAAGUUUAUCCUUUCUUGCGGACAGUGGAUGGGAACUGGCUGAGAAUCUCUUCCGGUUCUGCUCCGCGUCUCUAAAAGGCAUAGGUCCCGUGAACGGUGUCAGUAGCAGGGGAUGGGUAGUAGAAUUUGCAAGGACGUUGCCGGGAUUUGAGGCACUGGGUUAAAGGGAAAGGUAAAAUAAGUUAGGACUGUAUUCCCUAUAGUAAAAAAACAUAAGCGGCGAUUUGACAGCGAUACUAUAUAUAUAAUUAUAUAGUGUGAGACUAGGUUACAGGUCAUGGGUUAAGUGUGAAAUGUGAAAUUUCUAAGGGGAACUUCUUCCCAUAGAGGGUGGUAAAAGUGUUGAACGAGCUGCCAGCGGAAGUGGUGGAAUUGGGGUUCAUUUUAACGUUUGGAUAACUACACGGAUAGGAGGGAUACCGAGGGCUUUGGUGCAGGUUCGGGUCGAUGAGGCUAGCAGGGUAAUAGUACGACACGGCGAUGGGCCUGUUUCUGUGCUAUAGUGAUCUAUUACUCUGUGAACCACAUUUUGUAACUGUUGGCUCUGAAAAGUUCCCAUUCAAUUCUCAAAUACCAUGUUGCAAAACCAUGAACGAGCUUUGAAAUAAAAAAUCAGCAGAAAGAAAAGAUUUAAAAAUGUAAAUUAAGCUGUGCAGGUUUCGGUUUAUUGGAUGCAGCUACAUGAACUGAGUCAGUGUGUACCUGAACUUCAAAUAGCUUGGAAACAAUUGUUUGAAAGUUUAUUCACGGAGCUGAUUUGUCAAAUCUGCCCGGAUUUCUUCACUGAUCCAGUCAUGAUGAAGUGUGGGCACAAUUUCACUCGCUACUGCAUCUCACAGCGUUGGGUAAAAGAGGAGAUAAUCUCCUGGUCGGAAUGUAGAGCGGAGAUUUCUGACCACAUACCUCAACGCGUCUGGCCCAGAAAGCUCCAGAAUUCAACCUGAUUUUAAUGGUGGACGAGAGUAAAUGUAACAUCGGUGAACACCGGGAUGAUUUGGAGCUGUUCCGAGCAACUGAUGAGAAUAAACUGUGUGAUCACCUCAAUAUAUUCCCAUAAUUGGUAAUCUGAUUCUUCAAAUCCUUCCUAGAAUCAGGCUGAUUUAUCCUUGCAACCACUCACAAACAGAUUUCUCGCCAUCAAAAAUAUCGAUCGACGGCAGAUACGGAAGAGUUUUGAAGGUCAAGUGAAUUUUCUGACUUUCACGUCCCCUUGCACUGUUCGGUUUCCGUAGCCAUCAAUAAUAACUUCGAAUGCAAUUUUAUUGUUGUCAUAUAAACGCGGUGACCAUUUCAUAAGGCACCUCCUGUAAAGAAGAAACCGGGAGUAUGCUUAAGGUCUCUUGCUCCAGUAGCCCAUCCACUUCAAUGUCCGACGUGUUCUGCAUUCAGUUAUGCUCUUCUGCUCGCCACUGUUAUAACGCGUAGUCAUUUGAGUUCAAGUCAAGUCACUUUAUAUUGUCUUUUCGACCAUAACUGCUGGUACAGUACACAGUAAAAACGAGACAACGUUUUUGAGGACCAUGGUGCUACAUAAAACAGUACAAUAACUACAUUGAACUACGUAAAAAACAACACAGAAAAGUCUACACUAGACUACAGACCUACCCAGGACUGCAUAAAAUGCACAAAACAGUGCAGACAUUACAAUAAAUAAUAACCAAGACAAUAGGCACAGUUGAGGGAAGUAAGUUGGUGUCAGUCCAGACUUUGGGUAUUGAGGAGGCUGAUGGCCUGGGGGAAGAAACUGAGUGUGGAUUGAUUCGCAGAGUAUUAGCGUGUCACAACAGCAGCACAAUAUACAAUCAUCGGCACAACAUAUUGUACAUAGAACUGAAUCGGCAAUAAUCAUCUCCUUUACCUUUCGUUUCAAACGAACAGUAAGUGGAUGUUAUAGGUUCUCUGCCACCUAUAUUUCCGUGAAAUUCCUAUUAAACCCAAUUGCAUUUACUCACGGUGAUUGUGUUUGAUUCUCUGUGUGGGGAGUAUUUGUAAUUAAUAUUGGAUUGCUGACCGUGGAUCGCGCAGCAGAUUCAUCCCAUUUCCAUGAGUCGUUCACAACCAUCUUGUGUUACUUGUCCCGUCAUCUUUUCAAACAUAUUCAAUAUAGAUGAACCAUUCGAUCGGAAAUGUUCGAUCGUUACAGAGCAUGCUUCAACGGCCAAAUCGCA